CAUCGUGUCUGAUCAACCAACUGGUAGGUAUAUUGUACCUACUGUACAUUUAUGUGGAGCAGAGAGGAGUCGAGUUUUUCAAAUAUGUGUUUUGGAAUAAGUUUUGAAGGUAAUUUCUUCAUUUUCUUUCCUUCCUGGGGUUCCUAUCAGUGAUCAUGUGGACAGUGUUGCUCCUCGUUAUGGGGAUUGUGGACCUGAGCAUCUGCCAGCAUUACAGCCAGAUCCAGUGGCUGUCCCAUUUGCGAGGGCGGCGGCGGCACGCUGGCUGGAGGGUUGAGGAUGUGGACUGCCCCCUGGAGUGUGACUGCCCCUCAUCCUUCCCCACAGCUAUGUUCUGUCACAGCCGUAACCUUCAGCAUGUGCCCUAUGUCCCUUCACAUAUUAAGUAUGUCUACCUGCAGCGGAACCAGAUCACAGGCAUUCACGAUGGCGUCUUUGACAACGCUACCAAUCUGGUAUGGAUCGUUUUGUUCCACAACCAGCUUAACUCAGACAAGAUUGGCAAGAACGUGUUCAGCAAACUCAAGCACCUGGACCGGCUCCUCUUGGAUCACAAUGAACUUGUGCGUAUGCCUCCCAACUUGCCCAAGUCCAUCACAGACCUGCGACUCGGAAACAACAAGAUCUCAAAAAUCCAAUCCAAGUCAUUGGAGGGGAUGGUCAACCUCACCACCCUUCAGCUCCAAGCAAAUGUCAUCGAGGACGUUGGAGGUGUGUUCAAGGGACUGAAGUCUCUGACGCUGCUGGAUAUGAGGAAAAACAGAUUGAGAAAAAUCCCAGACAACCUCCCAGAAAGGCUGCAGCAACUCUACCUGGAGUUUAAUAGCAUUGAGAGUGUGCCUGCAGGCUUUCUUACAAUGCAUCCCAAACUGCAGUUUGUCCGGUUGGCUCAUAACAAGCUGACUGAUAAAGGACUUCCAUCCAAUGUCUUCAAUAUCAGCACGCUUGUUGAGCUUGACCUUUCUUUCAAUAAACUGGAGAAGAUCCCUGUUGUCAGUAGGAACCUGGAGAACCUUUAUUUACAAGCCAAUAAGAUCAAAGAGUUCUCCCUGACCAGUUUCUGUGGUACAGUCGACAUGACAAACUUCUCCAGGCUGAGAAUGCUGCGUUUGGAUGCCAACGAGAUCAGUGCCAAAGACAUUCCUGCAGAGGCUGCCUACUGUUUGCGGCAUGUGGGUUUUAUUGAUGUGUAGCGCUUCCUUCUCACUCUCUCUGUCUCUGGUUUCUCUCAAGUCAUCCAGGGUGAUUCUCCAGCUGUAACACCUCCUAGACUUGUUACCUGUCGCUACAUUUCCUUUCCUUUUUGUAUCAAUGUUGUGUAACGUAUUGUUAAACUGUUAUGAGAGCUAUUAAUAUUAUUCCAAACUAUUAAACGGUUCCAGUGUUAGUCAACGGGAAAUACCAGAGCUGUGUAAUCACGUAUCCAGAUGACUGACAUAUGGAUGACUAAGUCCGAUGAGUAAAGGCCAGACGUUCCAGAGUUCUGGUUUUAAAAAAAAUCACUCUGUAAAGACGAUUUAGCUGAUGAUAACAUGUUCUGUUUGACAAAGUAUAACCUGUUUUAAAACUUCCUAUCAUCAGUGUGAGAUUCAGCUUGGAUCUUUGCCUCCACCAUGUGGCACAAGGUGAUAAAACAGCAGGUUGAGCAGCCACAAUUCACAUUAUUAUUAUUAUUUGGCAAGGCCACACUGACAUAAUAUCACUGCCAGUACUGUUGGUACUUUCUCAUCUCCAGAAUACUUUUACUUUGAAGGUUUUUCCAAAACAUUUUAGAUUACAUAACAUUUAAACUUGUGUGAUCAAAUGUUUGUGUCCAUAACGGGAGAAAAACCUCAGAAUUAUCGAAAAAUAAUCAUAGAGUGGUUUUAUUAAGACUGUAUUAUCUGUAUCUAAUAACUGUUAUUUUUUGUUUUAGUGACACUUUCUGAGCCAAUGUGCAUUGUAAUGUUUAUCACUGAUGAAUGUGUCAGUAAGCUAAUGUUAGGAUUUAUAAUAUAGUAUUGACAAAACAUUGUGUCUGUAUCUACUUUGCAGGAAAGUUAAUCUUUUAUUUUGAAAUCCUCCACUAUGUGCCCAUUAUUACAUCAGAGAAAAUAAUAAAAAUCUGUUUCCAUAGUUUUUUGUGGCCCUAAUGACUGAAAGUAAUAUUUUCUUAAGCAGCAAUAAUGCAUCUGUCUCCUCUAAUUUUAAGAUAAAACAGGCAGAGAGAUUGGGGGAGAGAAAAGGGACGGCAGCUUGAAAACUCUAGCGGGUCUAAGGCAGUUCCCACAUAUUUAUUGUUGAAGACAACUUGCCUUUUCAUCUUGCACAGCUGCCUUUAAUCCUCUACAGAAAGGCACUAAAUUGAAUUAGAGAAAUACUUUCCUUGUUUGUAAUGGAGCAAAGUCCCCGGAUGAAGAAUAUAUUACUGCCAGUGCAACAGUGGUUUGCACACUGAUAAGCG